CGACUGUCGCGACGAGUCUACGGACAGUUUGCUGGUCCAAUUUUCAGUUCUAAGACCAUGUCGUGGUCCAGGGUGAUUUUACUUGUGUUCGUUGGGAUUAAUCUUGGUGAUGGGUUCAAACAGCCGGCGAGAGACCGACAGCGGGGCGCUCUUAUUGGCACUCUCCGGACUCUCCAGCACAACGUCUCUGGCACUGUGUGGGCAGUUGACGAGGAUAAACUCUACAUUGAGGACUUUACUUACGACGGACGCGGCCCUGACGCCUUCUUCUGGAUUGGCAACGACAGCCAGCCGAGUCCACGGGGCACGCUGAUCCGAUACCCGCUCGAUACCCCGGAUGGGAAGCCCGCCGUGCUGUCCCGGAUGGACCGAGAGAACAUCCUGCUCCAUCUUCCUCCAGGCCUCAAGGUCACCGACAUGAAGUGGCUCUCAGUCUGGUGCCGGAGAUUCACGGUGGACUUCGGCCACGUCUACUUCCCCGAGAACUUGGACCCACCGAGGAAGAGGACACUGCCGGAAUUCCAGCGCCUCGGUCACGGCAUCCGCUCCGGCAACAUCACCAUCCUUGACGCCAAGACCUUCUACAUCCCCAACCUCCACUACGACGGCUUGGGUCCCGGUGCUUACUUCUGGGUCGGGAAGGGAACCAAGCCCGACCCCAAGGGACACAAGAUCCCCAACGAGAUGGGCAGCCUGGACGUCCUCAGAGCAUACGAAGGCGAAGAUAUCGAGUUGCAGCUGCCAGAGAACUUGACUGUGUACGACAUCGACUACUUGGGCGUGUGGUGCGUGCAGUUCAAGGACAACUUCGGCCACGUACAGAUCCCGAGGCCAGAUGAGCUGUGGGUGCCUCCUUCCCUGGGCCAGACUCGCGUCAAGCUUGACGAGCUGUUCGAAGCAUAUGGGGAGGAGAUUGAGGAAACCGACCGCAAUGCCUACCUGCCCCUCCCAACCCCCGCGCGGCCCGGGAGCGCAGCCCCUGAGUCCCCCCAGCAGCCCCCUCCGCACGUUGCUCAUGAGGAGGAGGAGGACGAGGAGGCGGAGGCGGAGCCCGAGGCGGAGCCCGAGGCCGAGCCCGAGCCGGAGGCCGAGCCCACCGAUCAUGCUGGUUCCCAGACUGACUCUGACUCUGGUUCUGAUCCACAGGGAGGCUCUAACAACGGGGUUGUUGGCGGUUCUAACUACAAGGGUGGCGCCCCCUCCCUCCUGGCCCUUCCCUCUUACUUCCUCUCGCUCCUUAUGCCUCUGCUCCUUCUCUCCGCCGGCACUGCAGCAGGAGUGGGUCCGCUCCUCUAACCAGGCAGACGCCCUUCCCUCUCAAGCAUCUCUCUCAGGCCAUCUGCUGACAUGCGCACUCCCAUGAUUCUCUCUCUCUCUCUCUCUCUCUCUCUCUCUCUCUCUCUCUCUCUCUCUCUCUCUCUCUCUCUCUCUCUCUCUCUGUUUUUCUAUCUUAUUAUCUCCCUCUCUGUCUAUCAAUCUGUUUAUCUCUCCUUCUCUCUCUUUCUCUCUCUCCUUCUCCAUUCGUUCAUUCAAACAACCACGCGAACAUUGAAAAGUCCUCAUUCUUUCUUCAUUACGCGUCAAACGUACAUAGUCUGUUAGGUGAAUAAAAGCCGUAUUGUAAAUAUCACUCCAUAAGUUAUCUUUUAUAUGGGUUUCAAGAGCUUUUUGUGUGUUGCUGUGACUGAAGCGAUUCCCGUGAGACGUUCGUAUUAGAUGUUGCUUCCCUUGUCGUGUGCGGCCUCGCCUGUCGGGAGAGAUCAGCUGGCUUCGCGGAACAGACGCUGUUAGCAAUCAAAUCAUUAGGCGUAUUAAUUCCAUUUGAAGGAUAUGC